UACCGGCGGUUCAGUCUACUCCGACACCGCGGAUCCGACGUUUCACCCCCACCCACGUUCCGUCGUCAUCAUCCCGACGGCUCGUCAAUUUUUGUCAUCAUUGAUCAUUGAUCCGUUAUGAAGUGAUAUGUUCACCGGGUUCAAAGUGCUACGGUCCAGGUCUGAGGAUAGGAAGAAAGACAACAAAAAGUCCUCGAGCAAAUGGAGCUUGGACAAAGCCCUGUGCCAGGGCAACUCGGAUAGGGUGAAAGAGUCAACACCGGAGCCUCAACAGCCCAAACUUGACCUCAGUUGGGACGAGUUCUCCAGCUAUGCCGGGAGCGAUGUGACUACGACGAGGGUAGUCGGUGUUCCUUUGGAGAGGGACCCGCACAUCGGACUGGGCAUCAACCUCCGGCCGGCGGCCAACUACGCCUCCCUUGUCGUGACACACAUCAAGCCCUAUGGACCUGCUGACAGGGAAGGGACGAUCAAAGUGGGUGACAGAGUUCUCGCCGUGGAUGGAAAACGGCUCGGCGGGCUCAGCCUGGCCGAGGCCCAGAGCCUUCUGACGCAGAGGAAUGGCUCAGGACAGUGUACCUGGCUUGUCAUAGAGUACGACGUCUCCGUCAUGAGCAACCUCCGUUCGACAGGGCCGCUCCUCAUCGAGAUCGAAUCCUCCGGGGAGCUGAUGAAGAACCAGAUAGGCCUGAGCCUCAUCGACUCAUCCAGCGGGGUCAUCGUCUCGAAGCUCAAGACGGCCAGCAUCGCGGAACGGUGCGGCGCAUUCCUCCCGGGAGAUCAGAUCCUCGCCGUGAAUGACGUCAGGGUCGAAAACUCGAAGCUGACUUCGACGAAUGUCGCCAAAAUCCUAGAAGAUUCCAAGUGUCCGGUCCUUCAGAUUGAAAUUUUACCUGUUGCGACCACUGAGACUGGAAUGCAGAGCCAGUACUCGGGAAGCCAGAGCCCCCAGUACACACGCCAAAACUACCAGGACAUCAAUGACAACCAGUACCACCAGUACCAGAACUUUGGGAAAGACGACUACCUCCAGACAGACAUCAAGAUCGAAUCCGGUCUGGUGAGCCUCCAGGCCCGACAAGGCGAGAUGUACGGUAUCAUAUUCCGUUCCGCGCCUUCUAAGAAAGGCGUUAUUGUUUGUUACAUCGAGCCAAAUAGCAUUGCCGAUAGGUCUGGAGUGCUCCAGGUCGGCGACAGAAUACUGAUGGCCAACGGAAGGCCAGUCGAGAGGCUGAACCGGCUCGAAGACCUCGGCACCACACUUCACCUCUCUGUACAGUUCGACGUCGAGGUAUGGAGGAGUCAGCCGAAGGAGAACAUCAAAAGGGUGAGACUGACUCGCUCCCUCGCCUCAGGCUUUGGCGUCACCAUCACAGAUUCUCCAGAAACUGGGAUUAUUGUAUCAGAAGUGAAGUGGGGCUCCGUGGCACACAGGUGUGGCAGGAUUUUCAUUGGUGACCGUCUCGUCAGGAUAGAUCAGACCAGGGUUACCGACAUAUCUGUAGCAAUGAGAGUUUUUAAGAGCUGCAAUGAAGAGGUCACUUUCUACCUAUGCCCUGGAGAUGGCAAUGUCGAUCUCGGUUAUUCAAGCCCGGGUUUGCCUUCUGUCGAUUCAGCCGUGGAAUCCUGGGACUCUAGCAUUGAGCCUAAUCUAUAUAAUGGAUAUGGCAACUCGGACUGGCGGAUGGAUAACAGGCAGAGCCUGACGACCCAGCAGUCGGAUGAUGAUGAGACCUGCUCGUCCAUUCGUCUCUCAGAGGGUGAUUUAGAACAGAGAAGGAUGAAAAUACCGCCUCCUCCGCCUUCGCCUCCCUGCCCUCUCCGGACCAACUACAACAUGAGGAAGAUCAAGCUUCCCGCCCAUUGGAGGGGGUCGAGCAUGAACGACACUGGCCUGGACGUCGAGAGCCACCACGUUGACAAGAGCCAGAGCGUGUCGUUCUCGACCUUCCGCAGGCCGGAGGCAGAAACAAAAAACAUCUUCCAGGUCACACUUUACAAGAGUUUGGUCUUUGACGAUUUCGGCUUCUCCGUUUCAGACGGCCUGUAUGAAAAGGGGGUCUUCAUUAAUACAAUAAAGCCUGGAAGCCCAGCUGACCUUGCCAACUCUCUUAAACCGUACGACAAGAUCAUCAAGGUGAACGACAUACCGACUCAUGAUUUGGACUGCUGCAUGACUGUCCCGCUGAUGGCUUCAGCGGGUAAGAAGCUGACUCUGACUGUGGCGAGACACCAAGGACCCAGGCCAAACCUUCCCAAGGAAUCGACAUGGGUCGAUGAGGUCGGCUUGGAAGCUCAGCCCGACCAGGACUUCAAGAAGACAGAAACACUAUGAAACUAUUUUCUACUUUAAAACUUUUUUCAUCUUUCCUUAUUAUUUUUUGUUUUAUAAGAUAAUAAAACUAAAUGGAAAGUGACUAGGCUAAAGAACCUACUUUUCUUUAUUUUCCUUUUUAGUUUGUACUUGAUUUUGGUUUAAAUAAACAUUAAGAAACAAAUAAAACA